UAUUUUCGACAACUCCGACCUCGAGUACCUCGUCGAUGACUUUCACGGUGUGUAUGAUUUCGAAGACGAUGAGCCUUCCUUUGGAGAGUUCGAGCACAGGAGUGGAACUGAUUCGGAUUUCAUGGACUCUGAUUUCGAGCUGAGUCAGAGCAAGACGAAGACUGACACGUCAGCGUUGGAAGCUAGGAACGGAAAAGACAUCCAAGGGAUUCCUUGGGAGAGGCUUAAUUACAGCAGAGAAAAUUACCGUGACAAGAGAUUGCAACAGUAUAAAAACUUCGAGAGCCUCUUUCGAUCCAGGGAAGAGCUUGAUAAGGAAUGCUUGAAAGUAGAGAAAGGGAGAACUUUUUACGACUUCCAGUUCAACACGAGGCUUGUCAAGUCCACAAUUGCACAUUUUCAGGUAGAACAUAUUGCCCAACUACGUUAUUUGCAAAGUCUGGAGUCAUCUUGGUUCUUUCACUAAUUAUUUUUCAUUUAUAAAUACACUGUGUAACUCAGCUCGUGUGUCUAAUUAAAAAUCGAGUCUUGAACUGCAAACAGUAGUAUAUACUUUGCCCUCUUAUUCAAUAGAAUUAGUAAAAUUAAUGACUUGCUGCUACUAUCAAUCUCGCUUUAGUAUUUCACGCCGAGUCUAAAAACCCCAACUUUUUUUUUUUGUGAGACCUGCCGCUGAAUGAAAUGGCAAUUCAAAUCAUAUUCUGAAGAUGUAUAACAUGUUUUUCUUUUUAUUGUUUAUUUUCUUUGGUUUACUUAUGUUUUGACCAUAGAAUCUUAAUUGCCUUUUCCUGUUUUCUUAUGUCCACUGUUCCCACCUCAGCUCUGCAGCUGGGGUGUUGAUUCACACAAAGUCCUUUUCUUUUGCAGAUAAUCUUGACGGGUGCUUAAUUUAACCUGCUCGUACCUAAAUUCUCGAAAAUUUUAUAAUUUAGGUUCGAUUUGUUACUCGGGUACAAUACUGUCAAGGUUCUAGCUAAUUCAAAAGUUUGUCAAGAUAUAAAGCAGAGUUGAGAAAUCUAACUAGUCCAGGCUACUUGUUAACAACUUCUUCAUAGACUUUCAUUCAUAUGCAUAGAAAAAUCAUAGUCACCGACUGUUCCGUUAUUUGCAUUACCGUCUUUCAGUGUCUUGGUUAGAUCAUUACUCAUAAUCUUCAAACAGAGUAGUCAGAAAAGAAAAGAAAAAAGCAAGCAUUUGAUCAAGGUGUCACUACCUCACUGCAUUUUGAGUAACAGUUACUAUGUAUAUGCUUUAACCUUUCUUAAGCAGGUUUGGAGAGCAGCUGGCGCCAUAAGGGGAAACAUUUGUUAAUAUGUUGAGAAACUUGAUAUGGGCAACAUCAAAACACGAUGUGUAUUUCAUGAAGAACUACUCUCUCAUGCAUUGGUCAUCUUUGCUCCAAAGGGGCAAAGAAGUACUUAACGUGGCAAAGCCCAUUGUUUCAAAAAUGAAGCAGCCUGGUUUGUUGUCACAGUCUCUAUCAAGAGUUCGAAUAAGCACAAUGGCAGUUAAAAACGACUUGAUAGUUGCCGGAGGGUUCCAAGGAGAGCUUAUCUGUAAGAAAAUCAACGAACCUGGGAUUGCUUUCUGCACAAAACUAACAUCAGCCGAAAACGACAUCACCAACUCGGUUGACAUAUACAACGCACCAAGUGGAUCGUUAAGGGUUAUAACCGCAAACAAUGACUGCACGGUCCGGAUAUUAGACGCUACAAACUUCUCUUCCAUCAACAGUUUCGCCUUUGACUGGUCCGUAAAUAACGUGUCGGCGAGUCCAGAUGGUAAGUUGGUGGCGGUUCUUGGAGACAGUCCCGAGUGCAUACUAGCCGAUGCAGGAUCUGGAAAAACCGUGGACGGACUCAAAGGCCAUCUCGACUACUCGUUUUCAUCAGCGUGGCAUCCAAACGGUCAGAUCUUAGCCACGGGGAACCAAGACACGACCUGCAGGCUUUGGGACGUGAGGAACUUGUCUCGGUCACUGAAAGUGUUGAAAGGAAACAUGGGAGCUAUAAGAGCCUUGAGGUUCACGUCUGAUGGACGGUUCUUAGCCAUGGCUGAGCCUGCAGACUUUGUACACGUGUUUGACACAGAGGCAGGUUAUACUCAGUGUCAAGAGAUUGAUUUGUUUGGAGAGAUAGCGGGAAUCUCGUUUAGCCCUGACACGGAGGCACUGUUCGUUGGAGUGGCUGAUCGUACCUAUGGCAGCUUGUUGGAGUUUAGCAGGAAGCGUAACCACUUGUAUUUGGAUUCCAUUUUCUGAAUUUUCGCUCUAAUGAAUCGGUUUAGAAGCCAAACAGGAUUUUAAUCAUCUGUAUCUUUGAAGUCUCUAUGUGUAAGUUGAUAAAUAAAUUAUACCAUAGAAAGGUUGAGAAAUUCUGGUUUAA